CUCAUACAACAUGCCGAAUAUCAAGCUUCAAUCCUCCGAUGGAGAAACGUUCGAGGUGGACGUAGAAAUUGCCAAAUGCUCUGUCACAAUCAAAACUAUGUUGGAAGAUUUAGGAAUGGAUGAUGAGGAAGAAGAAGUUGUACCCUUGCCAAACGUUAACUCUGCUAUCCUUCGAAAGGUCAUUCAGUGGGCCACUUACCAUAAGGAUGACCCACCACCACCAGAAGAUGAUGAUAAUAAGGAAAAAAGAACUGAUGAUAUUUCAUCUUGGGAUGCUGAUUUCCUCAAAGUUGAUCAGGGCACUCUCUUUGAACUCAUCUUGGCAGCUAACUACUUAGACAUCAAAGGUCUGCUUGAUGUCACCUGCAAAACUGUGGCCAACAUGAUCAAAGGUAAAGCUCCUGAAGAAAUACGCAAGACCUUCAAUAUCAAAAAUGAUUUCACUGCUUCUGAGGAGGAACAAGUUCGUAAAGAAAAUGAGUGGUGUGAGGAAAAGUAGUUUAUUUAGUUUAUAAUCUUUUUUUAAAAUUGUUUGGAAAUAUCCUUAUAUGUAUGUGUAAAGAUUCACAUUCAUGGUGAGUUUAUAAACUGAACUAAGCUGACAAGAAAAUUAACAAUCAAGAUUUAUAAAGCUGUUCAAAUACCAGAUAUAAAAAUUCAUCAUUACUUAUGCUUUUUUUUAAAUAUCAAUUAUUUAUUAAUCUUCUUUG